AUUAGCAGAUCACCAAGAAGACCAGACGAUGACAGAGACAUAAUAUAACAUAACAGAAGACACGCUGGAGGCCUUGCUGUGCCCUGAUAACCAGCGUGGCAUGGCAGCACGGGCGCUACAACACGAGGAGGGAAGGUGUAUCAGUCAGUUCGUCUGGUGGUGUAAAGGAAAGAGGACGCGUCUGGCUGGCUGAGCUUCCCUCCUCCUCUUGGGGUUCAGCCUCUUGUUUUUUUUCUCCCUCGUGUUGGAAAACAAGAGGGCAAAGUGGCUUGUUCUCCCUGUAAGACCCCCGGCAGCAGCGCGCCGCCCCGCGAUGUCCGACCUAACGGGUAACGGCCCGGGCCAGGGGUCGCUGCCGAGGCCGCUCGAGCUACGUCGCGAGCGUCGCUUCCACUCCCUUGGGGACCUCAUGUACGAGUCGGUGCGGCGCCAGACCUUCACCAACUGGACGCUACCCUUCGUGGACCCUGACCAGCUGGCGCGGGCAGGGUUCUUCUUCUUGCGGACCGAUGACCAUGUGCAGUGCGCCUUCUGUCAGGGCGUUGUGGGCUACUGGGACCCCGGCGACCAGCCCCUGGAGGAGCACCGCAGACACUUUUCUUCCUGCAGAUUCGUGAGCGGCAUGCCCACCGGCAACGUACCCGCCUACCACUCAGCAGACGACACUGGGCGCGUGUAUCGCCUGCUGGAGGAGUACCACCACUUCAGGGUGAGCAGCACGCGCCCCACCGGGAGUAACUACCGCACUGACGCGACACAGCAAGACUGUAGCCAUAUGUCCUACCCGCAGUUCAACACUGACGCUACGCGCAGCCAGACCUUCCGCAAGUGGCCCAAGAGUGUGAAGGUGUCUCUGGAUGCCCUCGCCGCUGCGGGUUUCUUCUAUACGGGGUUGUCAGACUUCGUGCAGUGCUUCCACUGCGGCGGCGGCCUGUUUGGCUGGCGGGAAGGGGACAACCCUGCAGCAGACCACGCCCACUACUACCCGUGGUGCCCCUUCAUCCGCACCAUAUGGGACAGGUCCGCUGAGACGCGGCCGUGGGGGGACAACCUGCCUCCGGCACCCAUCAUCAGACCCAUCCAGCUGUCCAGCCAGGAGGAGGACCUGCUCCUCGCCCAUCCUUUGGCCAAGCGGGUGGUGGAGAUGGGUCUGUUGGCUUCCUCCGUGAAGGCGGCACUCAAAGACAAGCUUGAGCGGACAGGGAGAUUUUGCCUUGAGGUGACCGAGGCCCUGGAGGUCGUGUUCGAUUAUGACGAAAACAGAAGAAGCGCUUCAACUUCUGUUCUGAUGCGGGACGGCUUGGUGCCCAUGGAAUCCGCCCCGGUGCUUGAGACGGGGCUAGUCUCGGACAGCAUACAGGCCGCCACGGGGAGCCAGAAUGCGCGGUUGGAGGAGCUAAGGACCAGAAAGCAACGUCUACAGAAGGAAGUGACGGACCUGCAGCGCCGCCUGGAGGAGGAGACGCGUCGCUUGGUGUGCCGCAUAUGCAAGACGAACCGAGUGGAGGUGGUGCUGCAGCCCUGCUCGCACCUCCACCUCUGUGCCAAUUGUGCGAGGCCCCUGGACCGCUGCCGCACCUGUAACUCAGCGGUGAGGGGAACGCUGCGCCCUAUCAUAGGCUGACGGGCUGUGGUGGAGUGGUUAUAAUUAUAUAGGCGUUGUAUUGGGAAAGCUACGCCCCAUCACUGCCUGAGGAGCUGUGGUGGUGUGGUGUGGUGAGCUGUGGUGGACUGUGCUGUGGUAGACUGUGGUGGAAUGGAUAUAUUUAUAGAGAUGUAUGUAUAUAGGGAAUCCAUGUUUUAGCCUCCAUGAAGUGCGCUGAGAGAGAGAGAGAGAGAGAGAGAGAGAGAGAGAGAGAGAGAGAGAGAGAGAGAGAGAGAGAGAGAGAUAGUGUGGUUUGUGUUUCGCUUCAGCUGCAGUCUUCGAGGGUUGGUUCUCUUCCCACUACUGGAGAUGAGGAGCCUGCUGAUAAGAUUACACCUUUGUUUCUGAAUAGGGAUUGUUUCUACACAGACGGCGGCUCUCCUUGAAUUUUUGACAUAUUUAUUUAUCUUUCGUGACGAGGAGGCUGGCUGGGGACAAAACAAAAAAAAAAGAGAAAACGAAAGGAAAAAGCGUUCAACUCAACACUUUCAAAAGUUAAUCAUAGAAAAGAUUAAAGAAAAACAUUUGCCAGUUUCAGUUUCUGUUAAUGGAAGGGAAAGGGAAACCAGAGCAAAGACUGAGUAUAUAACUAUAUUUCAUGUAACUCAGCCGUCUUUCCUGGACAUCACCACACACCCGCGAAAGGUCACCACAAUGGUUUGUAUAUACAGAACUUACCUGAGUUCGUACAUUAACGUUGAAGUUAAUUUAUAGAACUCAGCUUAUUUUCGUAAAAAUUUUGUACCAGACUUCCCUAAGCACAGCGGCCUUCCUCGCGCACCCCAGGGGCACCCACACCGCUGACCACCUCACACUUGCCUUUCACCCUAAGAAAACUUAAAAAAUGAUUCUGGCAUAUGAUCAUGAAGGGUGGAAGGAUGAGUCUUCACUGCCUCACCCCUUUGUAGAGGAGGGCGCCGGUGCAGGGGUGAGUGAAGGCUGGAGGAAUGUGCGGGUUGUGUUGCGCGGGUACCAGAUGUUGAGCGGGUACCAGUGUGAGGCGCGAGGAAAGCUGGGUGUUGUUUGCGCGGAAGCCUUAUUACAAAUAAAAGCAUAAAAGUGAGCUUA